AUGACUACUCCUGCUGAGGAUUCCACUGCUGCCACCGCGGCACCAGUCGCCAACGAGUCGACUGAGACUCCCCAAAAGCUCCCCGCCCACGAACGUAAGCGUUUGGCCCGUGAGGCUAAGGCCGCCGCGGCUGCUGCCAAGAAGGCCGAACGCGAGGCUAAGAUGGCCGCGCAGAAGGCCGCCAAGGUUGAUAAGGUCAGCGAUGAGGAUUUGGAUCCCACCCAGUACCGGAAUAACCGUUUGGCUGAGCUCGACACCAUCCGAGCCUCUGGUCGAGAAGCAUACCCCCACAAGUGGCCAGUCGAUUCUACUGUGGCUGAAGUUACUCAGAAGUACACAGACCUCGAGGCUGGUCAGCAUACCGCCGAUGUUGUGUGCUUGGCUGGUCGCGCCAUGUCCAAGCGUGAGAGCGGCAAGCAUAUGUUCUAUAUGGCCUAUGCUGAUUACAACGAUCUCAUGAACAUGACCGAGGAAAUGAUCUCUGGAAUGGUUAAGUCCAUCUUUGGCACCUACAAGGUCACCUUCCAUCCUGAAGGCCCUGAGGGUCCUGCCAAGGAGAUUGACUUCUCUCCCCCAUGGAAGAGAGUCUCCAUGGUUGAAGAGAUCGAGCGUCAAUCCGGUGUAUCGCUUAAUCAUGAUUUCGCCGCUGAGGAGGCUCGUCAGCAGCUGGACGAGCUGGCUACCAAGUUUGAUGUGGAAUGCCCUGCUCCCAGGACUUCUGCUCGUCUUCUCGACAAGCUCUGUGGCUUCUUCAUUGAGGACAAGAUAGUGAGUCCCACUUUCGUCACAGAGCAUCCCCAGAUCAUGUCCCCUCUAGCCAAGUGGCACCGCUCCAAGCCCGGCCUCACUGAGAGGUUUGAGGGUUUCGUAAUGGGUAAGGAGAUAUGCAAUGCAUAUACGGAGUUGAACGACCCUGUAAAGCAGCUCGCUUGCUUCACCGCCCAGGCCCAGGCUAAGGCUGCGGGAGAUGACGAGGCGUGUGAUGUUGAUAACGGCUUCGUUACAGCGUUGGAGUAUGGUCUUCCCCCCACCGGUGGCUGGGGUCUCGGUGUGGAUAGGCUCUGCAUGUUCCUCACUGAUAACAUCAACAUCAAGGAGGUUAUCCUCUAUCCCGCUAUGAAGCCUAUCGUGAACAAGCCUGCUGAGGAUGAGCAGAAGGAGGAGUAAUAAGAAGCAUGUUUAUAGCGAUUCACAGUACUACGUCGAUUGAUAGGCAGAUGGCUGUUAAAGGAAUUUUCUGUCUGUUUCUGUUUUAACAAGACAAUUGAUGCCUCUGUUCGAUAGCCAUACUAUCCACAUUC